GUGUGCGAACGCGCGUGUGCGUGUGCUCCCCGCUCCCGGGGCUGGCUGGCAGCAGGGCCCCCCUUCUCCAUCCCCCCGGAUCCGGAUCCGGCCCCAUUCCCCCCCUCCACUCCCCGCUUAUUUUUCCUGUUGUUUGGCGGGGUUGGGGCGGGGGCCGGGCGGGAUCCGGCCCCUUUGCCAACGGGGAUUUUUGGGGGGGAUUAUUCGCCGUUUUCUUCCCGCUGGGAUUUUUUUUUUUUUUGCUGCAACAGAAAGAAGACGGGCGCAAGGCAUGGCAUGAGCUUCGGGAGACAGGGCUGGAGAGACACCCGUGGAAGAUGUCGAACCCGAGAAACGGCGACACCAAGCCCCCAUGUUUGCCCCGCAAUGGACUGGUGAAGAUCCCCACGCAAGCCAACGGCCUCGGCUCCGCCAGCAUCACCAAAGGCACCCCCGCCGUGAAAAACCGCCUGUGCCAGCCUUCCUCCGUGCCUGCCAUCCUCAGCCCGGCCUUAGCCCACCGCAGCGACCUGCCCAUCCCCAGCCUGGCCUCCCCGCUCUCCUUGGCCACCCUGGCCAGCGUGUCCUCCCCUCCCGGCGCUUCCUUGGUGGGACUGAACGCCAGCGAGGGCUCGGAGCAGCCGUCCCCGGAGCGGCUGCCGGGCUCGCCCUCGGAGAGGCAGCUGGCCGUGGACGAGAAGAUCCUCAACCGCCUGUUCUGGUACUUUUCGGCGUGCGAGAAGUGCGUGCUGGCGCAGGUGUGCAAGGCAUGGCGGAGGGUGCUCUACCAGCCCAAGUUCUGGGUGGGCUUGACGCCCGUCCUGCACACCAAAGAGCUCUACAACGUCCUGCCCGGGGGAGAGAAGGAGUUCGUCAGCCUGCAGGGCUUCGCCGUCCGCGGCUUCGACGGCUUCUGCCUCGUGGGCGUCUCUGACCUGGACAUUUGUGAGUUCAUUGACAACUACCCCCUCUCCAAGAAGGGGGUCAAGUCCAUGAGCCUUAAGAGGUCGACCAUCACAGAUGCGGGGUUGGAGGUGAUGCUGGAGCAGAUGCAGGGCGUGGUGCGGCUGGAGCUGUCGGGCUGCAACGACUUCACGGAGGCCGGGCUGUGGUCCAGCCUCAACGCCCGCAUCACGGCGCUGAGCGUCAGCGACUGCAUCAACGUGGCCGACGACGCCAUCGCCGCCAUCUCGCAGCUCCUGCCCAACCUGACCGAGCUCAACCUGCAAGCCUACCACGUGACGGACACGGCGCUCGCCUACUUCACCGCCAAGCAGGGCUACACCACCCACACCCUGCGCCUCAACUCCUGCUGGGAGAUCACCAACCACGGCGUGGUCAACAUGGUGCACAGCCUGCCCAACCUGAGCGUGCUCAGCCUCUCGGGCUGCUCCAAGGUGACGGAUGACGGAGUGGAGCUGGUGGCCGAGAACCUGCGGAAGCUGCGCAGCCUCGACCUGUCCUGGUGCCCCCGCAUCACCGACAUGGCCCUGGAGUACAUCGCCUGCGACCUGCACAAGCUGGAGGAGCUGGUGCUCGACAGGUGCGUGCGGAUCACCGACACCGGCCUCAGCUACUUGUCCACCAUGUCAUCCCUGCGGAGCCUCUACCUGCGCUGGUGCUGCCAGGUGCAGGAUUUUGGCCUGAAGCACCUCCUGGGCAUGGGCAGCCUGCGCCUGCUCUCACUGGCUGGCUGCCCCUUGCUGACCACCACGGGGCUGUCGGGGCUGGUGCAGCUGCAGGAGCUGGAGGAGCUGGAACUCACCAACUGCCCCGGGGCCACCCCGGAGCUCUUCAAGUACUUCUCCCAGCACCUGCCGUGCUGCAUGGUGAUCGAGUAGCGCCGGAGCCGGCCCGCCCCGCGCCCUCCCCGGCCGCCAUCGCCCACCCCAUCUCCCUCCGGCUGCGGGGGGAUUCGAGAGACGCCCCCGAUUCCAUCCGAGCCCGGACAUCCCCCGCAUCGCCGCCCCCGAGGGACGCGGGGCUCCGGGGGGAGAUGGGGGCAGGAGCCCCCCCCGGUACCAUGUAAAUUCCCCCCACGCCGCCGCCACCGCCCGUGCUCCUCCCGCUGUCCUGCCAAUCCCUUCCGGACAGACGAACGGACAUCGUGGAAGCCCAAAGUGGGAAGGCGACGCUGUGUGACCCCCCCCGGCCGCAUCCUGCUCCCCCCGCCCCGGUGCCAGCGCCACCGAGGAUGCUCCAGGGCACCAAAGGACGCUCGCAGGGAUGGCCAGAGGAGGAUGCUGAUUUUGGGGUGGCGGCGGAGGCUGGAUGGGUCCCCUGACGCCCCCGGAGCGGGUCACCGAGCUCACCCCCCGUCCCCGCGCUGCGUGUGCCCUCCAGCCCCCCGCCCCGCCUUUGGGGCGCUCUCCCCCGGUGAAUAGGAUGUCCCUCUCCGCCCGCCCGCCGCCCUCGCAUGCUCGCUUGCUUCAGUCUCGUGCUACGGCAGGUUUCGGGGUACCGGGGGGGACGGUGACAAGUGACAGCCCCACUGAGCCCCUCCACGCGCCGGAUCCCGCCCCGGGCUGCCCUGGCGACAUCCCCCGCGCCCGGGGUACCCUCCUGCACCCCGCGGGGCUUGGGGGGCGAUGCCACCGCCGGGCAGCGACCCAUCCGUCUGGGAUGGGACAUCCCGGGGCACCGGGGCCGGGGCGGAGCCACCGCGGCGGCACCGGCAGCACAGAGAGACCGCGGGAGGUGGCACCUCGGACGCACUGCCACCACUGCCACCGCUCUUCCAGCUGAAAAGCCAUCGCCCCCGUGCCAGCGGCAAGCGGGGCACCGGGGGGACCCCCGGGCUGAGCCGAGAUGGGACCGAGCCGGAGCGGGGCUGGGGGAGCCAGCGCGGGAGGGGCUCGGUGCCCCCGGGCAGUGCCCGCCCCGUGCCACAGCCAUGGGAGGAGAGUGGGCACGGACACGGGCACGGGCACGGGAUGGGCACGGACACGGACACGGACACGCUUUCGGUUUGUUUUGCCUUUGUACCGGCCGGGAAGGAACUGCUGCACCAAC